AUGGCUGUCGUGUGCCCAUUGUCAGGGAGCCAAUCAUUUUCAGAGCCACAGUGUGCCAUUCCAGCCGGGGGCAGCCGAGGGCAGGUACAGGGACGCGUCCCAGUAACACAGACCGCCACUAACAUCACAGUAACACAGACCGCCACUAACAUCACAGUAACACAGACCGCCACUAACAUCACAGUAACACAGACCGCCACUAACAUCACAGUAACACAGACCGCCACUAACAUCACAGUAACACAGACCGCCACUAACAUCACAGUAACACAGACCGCCACUAACAUCACAGUAACACAGACCGCCACUAACAUCACAGUAACACAGACCGCCACUAACAUCACAGUAACACAGACCGCCACUAACAUCACAGUAACACAGACCGCCACUAACAUCACAGUAACACAGACCGCCACUAACAUCACAGUAACACAGACCGCCACUAACAUCACAGUAACACAGACCGCCACUAACAUCACAGUAACACAGACCGCCACUAACAUCACAGUAACACAGACCGCCACUAACAUCACAGUAACACAGACCGCCACUAACAUCACAGUAACACAGACCGCCACUAACAUCACAGUAACACAGACCGCCACUAACAUCACAGUAACACAGACCGCCACUAACAUCACAGUAACACAGACCGCCACUAACAUCACAGUAACACAGACCGCCACUAACAUCACAGUAAGUUGCACUGCAGCAUUGUGUUUCUGGGUACACAGUGGUGUUGCGAACUUCCCAGAGAAAACUCACCGCUCUUUGUGCCUUGAUGUUGAAAGUUCAGCUCCUGACUUAAUGAGGUCCAAGUCCCUUGAUAAGAUCAUCCAGUUCGCUUAG